AUGUCAAUAACCACUACAUCAGUAACCACAUCACCUACCACGUCGGCAACCACAUCGGCAACAACGUCUCCCACAACUUCGCCAACAACCUCGGUGACUUCUUCAGCGACCACGUCUGCAACUACAUCGCCAACCACGUCGCCUACCACGUCGGCAACAACUAGUGCAACAACUUCUCCUACUACAUCAGCCACUACAUCAGUAACCACAUCGCCUACCACGUCGGCAACCACAUCGGCAACAACGUCUCCCACAACCUCGCCCACCACUUCACCUACCACAUCAGCCACAACUUCGCCAACAACCUCGGUGACUACUUCAGCGACCACGUCUGCAACUACAUCGCCAACCACGUCGCCUACCACGUCAGCAACAACUAGUGCAACAACUUCUCCUACUACAUCAGCCACUACAUCAGUAACCACAUCGCCUACCACGUCGGCAACCACAUCGGCAACAACGUCUCCCACAACCUCGCCCACCACUUCACCUACCACAUCAGCCACAACUUCGCUAACAACCUCGGUGACUACUUCAGCGACCACGUCUGCAACUACAUCGCCAACCACGUCGCCUACCAUGUCAGCAACAACUAGUGCAACAACUUCUCCUACUACAUCAGCCACUACAUCAGUAACCACAUCGCCUACCACGUCGGCAACCACAUCGGCAACAACGUCUCCCACAACCUCGCCCACCACUUCACCUACCACAUCAGCCACAACUUCGCCAACAACCUCGGUGACUACUUCAGCGACCACGUCUGCAACUACAUCGCCAACCACUUCGCCUACCACGUCAGCAACAACUAGUGCAACAACUUCUCCUACUACAUCAGCCACUACAUCAGUAACCACAUCGCCUACCACGUCGGCAACCACAUCGGCAACAACGUCUCCCACAACCUCGCCCCCAACUUCACCUACCACAUCAGCCACAACUUCGCCAACAACCUCGGUGACUACUUCAGCGACCACGUCUGCAACUACAUCGCCAACCACGUCGCCUACCACGUCAGCAACAACUAGUGCAACAACUUCUCCUACUACAUCAGCCACUACAUCAGUAACCACAUCGCCUACCACGUCGGCAACCACAUCGGCAACAACGUCUCCCACAACCUCGCCCACCACUUCACCUACCACAUCAGCCACAACUUCGCCAACAACCUCGGUGACUACUUCAGCGACCACGUCUGCAACUACAUCGCCAACCACGUCGCCUACCACGUCAGCAACAACUAGUGCAACAACUUCUCCUACUACAUCAGCCACUACAUCAGUAACCACAUCGCCUACCACGUCGGCAACCACAUCGGCAACAACGUCUCCCACAACCUCGCCCACCACUUCACCUACCACAUCAGCCACAACUUCGCCAACAACCUCGGUGACUACUUCAGCGACCACGUCUGCAACUACAUCGCCAACCACGUCGCCUACCACGUCAGCAACAACAAGUGCAACAACUUCUCCUACUACAUCAGCCACUACAUCAGUAACCACAUCGCCUACCACGUCGGCAACCACAUCGGCAACAAUGUCUCCCACAACCUCGCCCACCACUUCACCUACCACAUCAGCCACAACUUCGCCAACAACCUCGGUGACUACUUCAGCGACCACGUCUGCAACUACGUCGCCAACCACGUCGCCUACCACGUCAGCAACAACUAGUGCAACAACUUCUCCUACUACAUCAGCCACUACAUCAGUAACCACAUCGCCUACCACGUCGGCAACCACAUCGGCAACAACGUCUCCCACAACCUCGCCCACCACUUCACCUACCACAUCAGCCACAACUUCGCCAACAACCUCGGUGACUACUUCAGCGACCACGUCUGCAACUACAUCGCCAACCACGUCGCCUACCACGUCAGCAACAACUAGUGCAACAACUUCUCCUACUACAUCAGCCACUACAUCAGUAACCACAUCGCCUACCACGUCGGCAACCACAUCGGCAACAACGUCUCCCACAACCUCGCCCACCACUUCACCUACCACAUCAGCCACAACUUCGCCAACAACCUCGGUGACUACUUCAGCGACCACGUCUGCAACUACAUCGCCAACCACGUCGCCUACCACGUCAGCAACAACUAGUGCAACAACUUCUCCUACUACAUCAGCCACUACAUCAGUAACCACAUCGCCUACCACGUCGGCAACCACAUCGGCAACAACGUCUCCCACAACCUCGCCCACCACUUCACCUACCACAUCAGCCACAACUUCGCCAACAACCUCGGUGACUACUUCAGCGACCACGUCUGCAACUACAUCGCCAACCACGUCGCCUACCACGUCAGCAACAACUAGUGCAACAACUUCUCCUACUACAUCAGCCACUACAUCAGUAACCACAUCGCCUACCACGUCGGCAACCACAUCGGCAACAACGUCUCCCACAACCUCGCCCACCACUUCACCUACCACAUCAGCCACAACUUCGCCAACAACCUCGGUGACUACUUCAGCGACCACGUCUGCAACUACGUCGCCAACCACUUCGCCUACCACGUCAGCAACAACUAGUGCAACAACUUCUCCUACUACAUCAGCCACUACAUCAGUAACCACAUCGCCUACCACGUCGGCAACCACAUCGGCAACAACGUCUCCCACAACCUCGCCCCCAACUUCACCUACCACAUCAGCCACAACUUCGCCAACAACCUCGGUGACUACUUCAGCGACCACGUCUGCAGCUACAUCGCCAACCACGUCGCCUACCACGUCAGCAACAACUAGUGCAACAACUUCUCCUACUACAUCAGCCACUAAAUCAGUAACCACAUCGCCUACCACGUCGGCAACCACAUCGGCAACAACGUCUCCCACAACCUCGCCCACCAUUUCACCUACCACAUCAGCCACAACAUCGCCAACAACCUCGGUGACUACUUCAGCGACCACGUCUGCAACUACAUCGCCAACCACGUCGCCUACCACGUCAGCAACAACUAGUGCAACAACUUCUCCUACUACAUCAGCCACUACAUCAGUAACCACAUCGGCUACCACGUCGGCAACCACAUCGGCAACAACGUCUCCCACAACCUCGCCCACCACUUCACCUACCACAUCAGCCACAACUUCGCUAACAACCUCGGUGACUACUUCAGCGACCACGUCUGCAACUACAUCGCCAACCACGUCGCCUACCACGUCAGCAACAACUAGUGCAACAACUUCUCCUACUACAUCAGCCACUACAUCAGUAACCACAUCGCCUACCACGUCGGCAACCACAUCGGCAACAACGUCUCCCACAACCUCGCCCACCACUUCACCUACCACAUCAGCCACAACUUCGCCAACAACCUCGGUGACUACUUCAGCGACCACGUCUGCAACUACAUCGCCAACCACUUCGCCUACCACGUCAGCAACAACUAGUGCAACAACUUCUCCUACUACAUCAGCCACUACAUCAGUAACCACAUCGCCUACCACGUCGGCAACCACAUCGGCAACAACGUCUCCCACAACCUCGCCCACCACUUCACCUACCACAUCAGCCACAACUUCGCCAACAACCUCGGUGACUACUUCAGCGACCACGUCUGCAACUACAUCGCCAACCACGUCGCCUACCAUGUCAGCAACAACAAGUGCAACAACUUCUCCUACUACAUCAGCCACUACAUCAGUAACCACAUCGCCUACCACGUCGGCAACCACAUCGGCAACAACGUCUCCCACAACCUCGCCCCCAACUUCACCUACCACAUCAGCCACAACUUCGCCAACAACCUCGGUGACUACUUCAGCGACCACGUCUGCAACUACAUCGCCAACCACGUCGCCUACCACGUCAGCAACAACUAGUGCAACAACUUCUCCUACUACAUCAGCCACUACAUCAGUAACCACAUCGCCUACCACGUCGGCAACCACAUCGGCAACAACGUCUCCCACAACCUCGCCCACCACUUCACCUACCACAUCAGCCACAACUUCGCCAACAACCUCGGUGACUACUUCAGCGACCACGUCUGCAACUACAUCGCCAACCACGUCGCCUACCACGUCAGCAACAACUAGUGCAACAACUUCUCCUACUACAUCAGCCACUACAUCAGUAACCACAUCGCCUACCACGUCGGCAACCACAUCGGCAACAACGUCUCCCACAACCUCGCCCACCACUUCACCUACCACAUCAGCCACAACUUCGCCAACAACCUCGGUGACUACUUCAGCGACCACGUCUGCAACUACAUCGCCAACCACUUCGCCUACCACGUCAGCAACAACUAGUGCAACAACUUCUCCUACUACAUCAGCCACUACGUCAGUAACCACAUCGCCUACCACGUCGGCAACCACAUCGGCAACAACGUCUCCCACAACCUCGCCCACCACUUCACCUACCACAUCAGCCACAACUUCGCCAACAACCUCGGUGACUACUUCAGCGACCACGUCUGCAAGUACGUCGCCAACCACGUCGCCUACCACGUCAGCAACAACUAGUGCAACAACUUCUCCUACUACAUCAGCCACUACAUCAGUAACCACAUCGCCUACCACGUCGGCAACCACAUCGGCAACAACGUCUCCCACAACCUCGCCCCCAACUUCACCUACCACAUCAGCCACAACUUCGCCAACAACCUCGGUGACUACUUCAGCGACCACGUCUGCAACUACAUCGCCAACCACGUCGCCUACCACGUCAGCAACAACUAGUGCAACAACUUCUCCUACUACAUCAGCCACUACAUCAGUAACCACAUCGCCUACCACGUCGGCAACCACAUCGGCAACAACGUCUCCCACAACCUCGCCCACCACUUCACCUACCACAUCAGCCACAACUUCGCCAACAACCUCGGUGACUACUUCAGCCACAACUUCGCCAACAACCUCGGUGACUACUUCAGCGACCACGUCUGCAACUACAUCGCCAACCACGUCGCCUACCACGUCAGCAACAACUAGUGCAACAACUUCUCCUACUACAUCAGCCACUACAUCAGUAACCACAUCGCCUACCACGUCGGCAACCACAUCGGCAACAACGUCUCCCACAACCUCGCCCACCACUUCACCUACCACAUCAGCCACAACUUCGCCAACAACCUCGGUGACUACUUCAGCGACCACGUCUGCAACUACGUCGCCAACCACUUCGCCUACCACCAACAACUUCUCCUACUACAUCAGCCACUACGUCAGUAACCACAUCGCCUACCACGUCGGCAACCACAUCGGCAACAACGUCUCCCACAACCUCGCCCACCACUUCACCUACCACAUCAGCCACAACUUCGCCAACAACCUCGGUGACUACUUCAGCGACCACGUCUGCAACUACGUCGCCAACCACGUCGCCUACCACGUCAGCAACAACUAG